ACCAACUAUUGACAAGAAUAUAUCAAACUUCGCAGACAGGUUCAGAGCCAUUCCAAAAAAACCCAAUCUCACAGAGAGAAGAAUAGUAUGGAUACAAUCAAUCUCAUCAAAGGCUAUGGCAAAGUCUCAAACCCCUCAGAAGAUCAAUCACCACCACCACCACUCAAACCCACCAGAAAGCCUCUCACCGCCGUCGUCAUCUCUCUCAUCAUCCUUUUAACGGUGAUCAUCGGAGCAAUGUUAGGACUUCUGAUCAUCCACGAGUCCACCACCGAGUCAACCGAGUCGUCAUCAUCAUCAUCUCUCUCCAACAACAACGCCGUCGACUCAAUCAAAGCCGUCUGUUCGGUGACUCAGCACCCCAACUCAUGCUUCUCCUCCAUUUCCUCCUUCGACAAUCACUCCCCUUGUCGUCUCCCCAAAGCCGAUCCCGAACUCAUUCUCAACCUCUCUCUCCGAGUCGCCGCCAAAGAACUCACCGAUCUCAACUCUCUCCCCAAAACCCUCAUAUCCAAAUCCAACGACGAUCGAUCUGUCUCUGCCUUGAAGGACUGUGUGAGUCUGUUCGAUGAUGCGCUGAGUCAACUCAAUAAAUCGGUCGAGUUGAUGGAUGUGGGUCCCGGAGAGAAGGUGUUGACGGAGGCGAAGAUCGGAGAUAUGAAGACGUGGGUGAGUGCGGCGAUGACCAAUCAGGAUACGUGUUUGGAUGGGUUGGAUGAGACGGGAUCGACGGUUGGUGAUGAAGUCAGAGGUAAGGUGCAGAAUUCCAAAGAGUACAUGAGUAACAGCUUAGUAAUUCUCGCGAACAUCCAGGCCGUUCUUGAUAAAUUCCAUCUCGCGAUGCAUUGAUGAUCAGAUGAUCAACGGUUGACUUUUGAAUAUAUAUAUAUACUUACAUGUAUGACGUAUGUUCGCGUAUGGUAUUUUUCAGAUCUUUGUUGGUUUGUAUUUUUUUUUGUUUUUUUUUGUUUUGUUUUGUUUUUUUUUUUUUUUAAAUAGUUUUGUUUUUUAUUGUGA